AUGGCCGUGGGAACAACAAAUCACCAGCCUCUGCCGGACACGGCACAGAUCAAGUCCACAGAAGCCGAAAGACCAGAGAGACGUGCAGUCGUCACGAUCAUAAACUACUAUGACGACCCUGGAGAUGGAACCCCUCCCACCCCAAUCGUUGUAGGGGGUCAGAAAGUCACAAAUGAGAGGAAAAUGACACCUCGCACCGUCACCGUCUCCGACAUCAGAGGCGAAGAGGACAAGUACACCCUCGACACCCACGGCUUCCAGUACGUCCGCCACACUAGCGUUGAGACGGACUUUACAGACGAGGAACGGGUCAAGGGCGUCUACUAUCCCGAGAUGGAGAAGCUGUACAAGGAAAUCACGGGAGCAAGCCGGGUCGUCAUCUUCAACCACCAGAUCCGCCGCGGGCCGGCAAACUGGCACAGCCUAGGCGAACGCAACACGGAGCACCGCGGCCCCCUGCACAAGGCGCACGUGGACCAGUCCUACGACGGCGCCGUCAUGAUGGCGAGGCACCACCUCGGCGCGGACGAAGCCGGCAGACUCCUCGACAAGGAGAAGCGCCGGUUCCAGAUCAUCAACAUCUGGCGGCCUAUUGCGACGGUGCGGCGGGACCCGCUGGCCGUCGCGGACGGGACUACGGUCGCGGAGGAGGACCUUGUCCCGGGCGCGAUUAUUUAUCCCCGUCACCGGGCCGAGACGUGGACGAUUAAGCCGAAUCCGGCGCACCGGUGGUACUUUUUGGAUGGGCAGAAGCCGGAUGAGGCGUUGUUCAUCAAGUGUUUUGAUUCGGAUACGUCGGUCGUUCGGAGGGCUGCGCAUUGUGCUUUUCGGGACCCGGAGAUGGAUGAGAUGGAGUGUCGGCAGAGUAUCGAUAUCCGGGCGUUGGUGUUUCACUGA